CAAAAGAUGGCCGACACUUUGGUGUUGGUAUGUAAACGGGAAAGGAAGUCAAAACGAAAAAUGAAUCUAUGUGGACUACUGUUGAUGUUAUUAAUUCUUCAGGAUCUUUUAUUUGAAUACGUAGUGUGUACUUCACCAACAUGCCCACAAGGAGGGUGUUCCGAGGGCAAGUGUGUCGGUGGUAAAUGUGAAUGUGUGCGAGGGUGGACAGGGGAAAGGUGCGAGAAAUGUUAUGGACGAAGAAGUUUUAAUGGCACGGAAGGCUCUAUAUAUGAUGGUGAGGGAAACUACACGCUGGACACCAAGUGCAGCUGGUUGAUCAACACCAACAGCAACAACACCACCAUCAGACUCAAGUUCCACCAGUUCGCCACGGAAUGUGGCUGGGACCACCUCUAUAUACACGAUGGGGACUCGGCAUUCUCUCCCCUUCUGGCAGCCUACAGUGGCCUGCUGCUCACUAAAGACAAGGCCUACACAGAGGUGGACUUCAUCACUCGCAUCCGCCAGCCGUACAUCUAUAUCCACUUCUACAGCGAUGCUGCCUACACCAUGGCUGGGUUCAACAUAACAUACAGUAUCGGUGACUGUCGACGGGGAUGCUCUGGGAAUGGGCAGUGCAUCAACGAGAUCUGUUCCUGUGACGCCAACUGGACAGGAAGUGCAUGUGAGACAGCUGUUUGUCCCAACAACUGCUCCAGCAACGGAACCUGUAUCAGCAACAUGUGCGUGUGCGAUGCUGACUACCGCGGUGAAGACUGCAGCCUGACCCGACAGGAUGGCGUGUGGUCCACUCUACAGACGAACUCUACACCGUCAGGGUCGGCCUCUCACUCUGCCCUCGUUGACGACAAGACCAUGUGGGUUGUGGGCGGCUACAGCCUGAACGACUACAACUACGAAAAUCUCAAGAAGUAUGACUUCACAAGCAAGAGCUGGAGCCCAGCUGCAGUGGUAGGGGAUGCUCCUCCCCCGAGAUACGGACACUCCACUGUUCUGUAUCAGAACCAGAAGCUGUUUAUGUAUGGAGGUGUGGUGGACGGCAUCCCUGUCAGUGAGAACUGGGUGUACGACAUCACCGCCAAGAUGUGGACCAACCUGACGGCCUCCGAGUACCGCGUUCUCGGCCACACUGCCCAUGUGCAUGAUGGGAAGAUACACGUCAUCUUUGGUUAUAGCCCCCUGUAUGGUUACCUCAACAAAGUACAGAUAUAUGAUAUGGCCAAUGAUUCAUGGAGUCUAGCAGACACAAUUGGUGCUUCUAUUCGCGGGGGAUAUGGCCACACCAGCGUGUAUGACUCCCACACCAGGAAGAUCUAUGUAUUUGGGGGGUACCAGUCAGGGAGCCAGUCAAGCUACAACCUUACCGACAUGCUCUACUCAUAUGAUCCGGAAUUAAAAAAAUGGACGAUUCUACGGAACAGUGGGUCGCCACGCUAUCUACACUCUGCUGUCAUAAUGAAUGGUUUGAUGCUGGUAUUUGGCGGUAACACCCACAACGACACAUCCGUCAGCUACGGUGCCAAGUGCUACUCCUCAGACUUCAUGGCCUAUGACCUCACAUGCAACACUUGGCACCACCUGCCGACGCCACAGCUGAAGGAUGAGAUCAGUAGAUAUGGGCAGAGUAUGGUGGUCAAGGACGGUUCUGUAUACUUGUUUGGGGGAUUCAGCGGUGUGAUGAGGAACGAUCUCAUCAGGUUCGACCCAGGUGAGUGUGACGCCUUCACAGACAACGCCAGCUGUAACAGCGUGAUGUCUGGCUCGCGAUGUUCGUGGGAAGGCGGAAAUUGUGUACGGAAGAGUCCCACCAGCUGUGAAGGUUCACAAUCUGUGAGUAUGGAAUGUGGGGUGUUCACAUCGUGCCGCAGCUGUCUUCACGACCCCGCCAACAACUGCUCCUGGUGUGAUCUCAAGUGUACCAAGGCGUGUGACAAGACCAAUGAGACUUGCAGCGAUUCCAGGAACUAUGGCUGUGACCGUCUCAGCACAUGUAAUGCCUGCUUGGAAAACUAUGUUUGUAUGUGGGAUAACCAGGCGUGUGUCGUCAAGACAGCUCAGCAGCUUCAAGGUGACAAGAUUUGCUCGGAGCGCAAGACGUGCAGCAACUGCACCAAGAACAACUGCAUGUGGUGCAGCAACAUGCAGCAGUGUGUGGAGACCAACUCGUACGUCGCCUCCUUCCCCUACGGCCAGUGCACGGAGUGGACCACCAAGGAGAACAAAUGUCCCGCCACCAUGUGUACCGGCCUCAACUCGUGUGAGGAGUGCCAGGCCCACCCCAUGUGCGGCUGGUGUAACGACCCCAGCAACACUGGCCGCGGCAAGUGUAUGGAGGGCGGACGCCAGGGACCGGUCACCAAUCACACCGACCACGCUAUCGAUCUGGGACAGUGCCCCAGGGAGCAGUGGUUCUUUACGGACUGUCCAAAGUGCCAGUGUAAUGGCCACAGCACCUGUCUCAAUGAAAGCAGCACCUGUGACGAGUGCAAGAAUCUGACUACAGGCUUACACUGUGAGAGGUGCCAGGAUGGCUACUUCGGGAACACCAAGAAUGGCGGAGACUGUAAAGCGUGUGAGUGCAAUGGCCAGGCAGACAGCUGCUCCCCCUACACCGGUGCCUGCUACUGCCGGACGAAGGGUGUGACCGGGGAGAAGUGUGACAGCUGUGACGACACCCACAAGUACUACGGCGACCCCAAGUCGGGAACCUGCUACUACCAGCUCGUGACGGACUACCAGUUCACCUUUAACCUGUCCAAGCCAGAUGACAAGAACUACACUCACAUCAACUUCAUGAACAUCCCCAAGUCUAGCGACAAAGACGUGGACUUCACGCUGAACUGCUCUGGGGAUGCCCUGCUCAACAUUACCUUCAAGUCCAAGUCUAUCCCAGAAGGGCGGACUAUUGUGUAUCAGCGAGAGUGCACAUACUACCGCAGCAAGUUUGAACACAAGGAUUACCCAUUCGCAGGCGAAGAAAACACCACAUUCCUGGUGUACGUGUACGACUUCAAGACACCAUUCCUGCUCCAGAUCUCCUUUUCUCAGUUCCCCAAGAUCGACCUGGUCCACUUCUUCGUCACAUUCUUCAGCUGCUUCCUGUCCCUGUUGCUUAUCGCUGCGGCGCUGUGGAAGAUCAAACAUAAAUACGACAGCUAUAGAAGACGACAGCAAAUGAUAGUGGAGAUGCAGCAGAUGGCCAGUCGCCCGUUUGCCACAGUCACUGUUGAUGUGGACCACAAGACAGAGACAGAUAAGAAGGAUCAUAAAGAGGUGAUGGAGCUGCGGAAGAGGAAGCGGGGCGGUGGCAAGCCAGCAGCUGUAGCCCUCGAACCUCUUCACAACGCCAAAGCAGCCAUCUUGACGGUCAUCGUCCAGCUGCCUACAGGCUGUGAAGAAUACGCUCCUUGUGGUCAGUCAGGAAUAGCAAUGGGCAGCACUUUGAUAUCAUACGGAAAUACAAGAAAACAGAGUGUUGAGCAUAUAAGAGGGGACCGACCCCGCCAACGCAAGCACCAUCCAGCACCUGCCCCGGAUGCCUAGAAUCAGAUAAGGCCUGUCUGCAGGAUCCCCCUCCACAGGAACUCCCCCUCUAAGACACAAAUUCUUACCAUAUAUUGUUGAUAAGAAACCUGCAUUAUGUUUCAAUAUGACUGAUAUACGUAACAGAACCACUGCAUUGUGUAAAGGUUGUAUGUGACGACCGCCUACAUGUUACAUGAGGAGUUACUGCCCACCAGGCAGAGUCUCAAAUACUGGCAGUCCUAUAUUCACAAAACCUAGAAUGAUAUAGCCACCAGCACACUCCUGCUAUACAUCAUCAUUGUAGGAGGAAGUUGCUGAGGGCGGCGUCGUAUACAGCAAGCCAACCAACCUUAGUAAUGUACAAAUGUCGGUUACAGCAGUUGUUUUGUAGCUGUGUGUCACUGACGUAGGUUACAAUGACAACAUGAUUAACAUACCCUCAUGUUAGAAUGACCCUGUUAAUCCAGAAGAGAUUGUUCCUUGUGAUUGCUUUCCUAGAAAUCAAUUUCCAGAUUGUUCAGUGACUAACUGAGUAGUGGUCAUUGCUGCCUAAAGUGAUUUUAGUCUCAGCGCUAAGAUCGUUUUACCCCAACUUGAAUGCGUAUAUAUAGACAGUCGUUUGAAACAGUCACCGUCCGGUAAAUAAGGUUUUCAUUAAAAAGGGUCUGUACUUCCAGAUCAAGACCUAGCGUAAGUAAUUGGAGUUCGCUUCAUUCCAGUGAUUUAUGAAUAGAGAGGUGUCUGAAAUUGUUCCAUUGUAUGUAAAUAUUUUGUGGUGGAGAGUCCUGCAUAGAGAGGCCUUUGUGUGUCGCUGUCCAUGUUUAUAAAUAACUGAUGUAUAUAUGUGAAUGUCAUGUAAAUAGCUCCCUGUUGGAUGUAGGUCCUGCAUCACUGUGGGGUGGGAGUAGGCAGUUACACCCAGCACCAGCUUGUCCUCACAAGUGAUCUUACCGCAGAGACCAUCUGUACUUCCUUACUUUAACACAGAUUUACAGCUGAGUUAGCUUUGUUGAGCUGUACCCUGGAUCGUAGCUCUCUGUAACUCUGUUUUGGAGUCUGGGAGUUGUGACUGAUUCCUUUGUGGAGCGUGACCCAGAAAGCUACAGGAUUGAAGCCAGGAUCUUUGACUUUAAGAGAUGUGAGUCCAAUCCUUUAAAACUAUGCUUGAUAGCUAUGUGACUAAAAUUGAUUUGGUCUACAGAACUCCGAGUCAAAACAUUUGCUACCAUACCUCACUGUUUGAUUGAAAUUUGACAUGUUAGUGCUAAGUUCCCUUUCUGUGAGGUGAAGUCAUAAGACACCAGAGCCUAUCAUGGGAACUGACUUCAAACCCAGAUGUACAAUUUGUCAUUCGACCUGAAGAAUUAUGCUCAUUGAACCAUUUGUCCAUCAUUUAUAAUGAAGGUUGUCACAUAGCGCAGUAGAGCAUGUGUUUCCAUGUUUCACAUAGGUCUCGGUUCUAAUCCUGUAGUAAUAUUUGAUGUCUGGUGCUCCAAUUGGAUCCAAAAUGCUGAUGGUUAGAGUAACUGCCCAGUCUCACCCCCAAGUUAACAACCCUCACACAGGACUGUAUGAGGACCAUGUGUGAGGACUGUCAUGUCCUCUGGGAGGACUGUCUCAACUUCGUCCAUUCUGCAAGUGAAGCUUUUUUCAGUACAGGUGUUUGAAUUAAAGUAUUUUAUGUGACUUAGUUAAAUCUGUUCCCAUAUAAAAUUCCAGUUUUAUGCAAUGUUAAGAUAUAUUGGCGACCUAAUUGAUGGAAACUCAGGAUUUUCUUGUCCUCUCUCUCACUGAAUCACCUGUGCUCGCAGGAACCAUGAAUCAUCAGAGUCAGAGAUAUUUUAUUUGAAAUAAGACAAAUAUUUAUCCAUGUACAAACACUAAGUACAUCUGACACUUGCAAAUAAGGUGCAUACCUAAUAUAAAUACAGAACAUGCUUGUUCACUGGUUGUCUAAGCUACAGAGUUGUGUCCCCUACCAAUGCCAGGAGCUGAUGAUUGUAGGUGUGAAUCAGCAGAUUUUGAUCAUGUCACCACCUAUCCCAGUGUCAUGGGUUUCUCCAAAAUCUCACAAACUCUUCGCAAGCGUUAAGCAGACAUAAUUGAAACAUAGUUGUUUCUCGUGAUGAAAAAAGCUUCAUUUGCGGGGUAAUGGGGUUGUGUGACAAACCUAAAGAAUCGCCAACACAAAUCUGUGAUCAUUAUUGUGAAUAUGUCAAAUGUACAGUUGAAAUCACUUGUCCAUGUAUGUAUAAGUCUCCAUUGUCAUCUUCACUCAAAACAUAACCAUUUCAUUAGGCAUCGUGAUGUUCAUUCUGUGGCUACUUAAGUCAUCUUUAUCCAUGCAUACAGGCUACAUCAGUUCGCUUCUCAACAGAGAACAGGUGCUUAUUUGGAUUCUUUUCAAAAUUCCCCCAAGUUAAGUACCCCGUAGAUGUAAAAGUCAUUGGUUCUGGCAAGGAAAUUUAAUUACAAUGUUAUCUAUGAUUUGAUGCUCAGUCCAGUGAAAUCAAUUUCCUCUGAAUAUGAGCCUCAUAUAAAAGAUAUUGAUUAAUUUUAUUAAAAGG